UAACAACAAGUUAACAACCCUCAGAUCUGACAUGUUCACAGGGCUGGGAAACUUGGGGGGCCUUUCGCUGCGCAAUAAUGAGAUCAGUGAUAUUCAGGAUGGAACUUUUAAUUCGAUACCACAACUGACAAGGCUGAACCUGUCUAACAACAAGUUAACAACCCUCAGAUCUGACAUGUUCACAGGGCUGGGAAACUUGGAGUACCUUUAUCUGAACAAUAAUGACAUCACUGAUAUUCAGGCAGGAACUCUUAAUCCAACAUCACAGCUGAGAAUUUUGAACCUGCGCAACAACCACAUUCAAACCAUUCCAUCUAACUUACUGGCAAAUUUGCUGCAACUGAGAUACCUCAGACUGUCUGGCAACAACAUCACAACCCUUCCCUCUGUGGCCUAUGACAUACUUUCAUCCAUCUCUACUGUAAUCAUUGGCAACAACCCCUGGCAGUGUAACUGUAGGAUGGUGGAAUUCAGGCUAAAGAUGAACGGGUCUUAUCCAUUUGAAAACCAGAUCACAUGUUCCCAACCUGACAGCCUCCAUGGACUAAAGCUUAAAGAUGUCAGUCCUGAAGAUCUGAUCUGUGAAGGUCCAACAACUGGUUUGAUGUCCCCAGUUACUUACCCUCCACCUACCACCGUAGCUACGGAGAUCCCAGAAACCAGUACUGUCCAGAACUUUUAACUCAACACCACAACUGAGAAGCUUGUUCCUGUACAACAACCAAAUUCAAUCCAUUCCGUCACACUUACUGGUAAAUCUACAGCACCUGUCAGAUCUUU